AUGUUUGCAGCAGUGAUCACGUCUGCCUCCCGCUCUGACAGCAGGUUCUCCGCAUGUAGUAUCUUCUCAGGUCAGCUUUGUUGAACAUCCAAAGUCGAGUGAAUCAAACUCUGGAGCACUCUGGAGAAUGGGUAGAGACAAACAAAUGUAUGAAUUAGUUUAUCCUUUAGAUCAGAUUGAAAAAGGAGCCUUAAUGGAUAUCAUUUUGUAGAUCAAUGAGACUAUAGAAGUUAUAAUUAAAUCAUACAUUGAAUUCUGCCUACUGACAGGUAUGAGUGUCAGGGUUGGGGUCCAUUCCAAUUCCAGACAAUUCAGGACACUAAAAUUCAAAUUCUCUUCAGCGCUUUUCAAUGAGGACCAUUUGGAAUUGGGUUUACAUUCUGAAUUGACUGGAAUCUAAAUGGAAUUGACCCAAACCCUGAUGAGUAGACUUUAGAUCAUGUACGGAAACUGAUUCGACUUUAACCCUGUUGCUGGGGUGCUUACUAUGAGCCACCAUGCCUGGAGUACACAGCAUCUGUGAUUGGAGAUUUCCUCCGUUGUCUUGGACCCGUUUUCACGUAUCCACUUUGCCCUCUCGAUGGCUGUCUCCUUUAGGGGACAUAUCUGACUCUGUUAUGGGCUAAAAGUAUUUAAUGUCAAGUAACAUUUCACUAGGGAAAUACAUCUUUCCCUAAAUAUAGUGAGUUGUGUACACUAACAGUCAAAAGUUUGAACACACCUGCUCAUUCAAGGGUUAUUCUUUAUUUGUUACUGGAUGCAUCACUGCCUGGUAAGGCAACUGCUUGGCCUCCGACCGCAAGGCACUACAGAGGGUAGUGCGUACGGCCCAGUACAUCACUGGGGCCAAGCUUCCUGCCAUCCAGGACCUCUAUACCAGGCGGAGUCAGAGGAAGGCCCUAGAAAUUGUCAAAGACUCCAGCCACCCUAGUCAUAGACUGUUCUCUCUGCUACCGCACGGCAAGCGGUACCGGAGCACCAAGUCUAGGUCCAAAAGGCUUCUAAACAGCUUCUACCCCCAAGACAUAAGACUCCUGAACAUCUAAUCAAAUGGCUACCCGGACUAUUUGCAUUGCCCCCCCCCCCCCCCCCCCCCCCCCCCCCCCCCCCCCCCCCCCCCCCACACCUCUUUUACGCUGCUGCUACUCUGUUUAUUAUCUAUGCAUAGUCACUUUAAUAACUCUACCUACAUGUACAUAUUACCCCAAUUACCUCGACUAACCGGUGCCCCCACACAUUGACUCGGUACCGGUACCCCCUGUAUAAAGCCUCACUAUUUUUACUGCUGCUCUUUAAUUAUUUGUUACUUUUAUUUCGUAUUAUUUUAUAUUGUGUUUUUUUGUGUUGUUUUCUUUUGUAUUCUUUCUUAAAACUAUAUUGUUGGAUAAGGGCUUGUAAGUAAACAUUUCACUGUAAGGUCUACACAAAAUUCAUUUGAUUUAAUUUGAUUUAAAAGAAACCAAUAAUAAGAAGAGACCUGCUUGGGCUAAGAAACACGAGUAAUGGACAUUAGACCGGUGGAAAUUUGUCCUUUGGUCUGGAGUCCAAGGUGUUGGUGAAUGGAUGAUCUCCGCAUGUGUAGUUCCCACCGUGAAGCAUGGAGGAGGUGGUGUUAUGGUGCUUUGCUGGUGACACUGUCUGUGAUUUAUUUAGAAUUCAAGGCACACUUAACCAACAUGGCUACCACAGCAUUUGAUGUGGAAAAUUCGUCCUUAUACUGAUCAAAUAAGUAUUUCCAAAGUUUUUGUAGAAUUAAGAUAGACUUUAUUUCGAUUAGAUAAAGCCGAGGUGGUCUGCAGAGCAUCUGAUUUUCCACCUCCCAGUUUACAUACAUUUUAGCUUAACCCCUCCCUCUUUGGUUCCACCACCACUGUCUCCAGUUUCCACCUCUCGACCGCUCCGCCCACUUCCCUAGUUUAGGAUAGUGCCGAAAUCUGACUUCUUCUCCUUCUAUGCAUUCAGUUUGGAAACAAUGGUGGUGUGACCAACCACGCUUUGUCAUGCAAAAAUAAUCAUGUUCAGUUUGAACUCUGUUCUACCCCGGCUCACCCUGGCUUGACCUUGAGAUUGAUUGUGGACAUGGCAGGUCCACAAUCAAUCUCUCAAACAUACCCAAGCCCAACCCCUCUCUCCCACUGAGUCAUAUAAUUAAUGAAGAAGACGCCCCAAGGAGAGACAAAGGGUUUAGCCUGAACUCUGUUCAACCCCGGCUUGUUCCAGGGAUCUGCCCAAGGAGAGCCACAGGGUCACAGUCUGGUUGCAGUCACAGAUAAGAUUAAGACAACUGUAGAAUUUGACCCGGUGACAGGUCUGAUGCCCAUUUUACACACACACACACACAAACCUAGUGAGAGGAACUAAUUAAGUUCUUGCCUAGCAACAGCGAUGUACCAAUCUAAAAAAUCCAUAUCCAUAUCCUACGCCAAGGUAGUGGGUUCGAUCCCCGGGACCACCCAUACACAAAAAUGUAUGCACGCAUGACUGUAAGUCGCUUUGGAUAAAAGCGUCUGCUAAAUGGCAUAUUAUUAUUAUUAUUACAUCAAUGUAAAAAUCCACAUCACAUUCUGCAGCGAUACGCCAUCCCAUCUGGUUUGCGCUUAGUGGGACCAUAAUUUGUUUUUCAACAGGACAAUGACCCAACACACCUCCAGGCUGUGUAAGGGCUAUUUGACCAAGAAGGAGAGUGAUGGAGUGCUGCAUCAGACUUUUUUGGUUACUACAUGAUUCCAUAUGUGUCAUUUCAUAGUUUUGAUGUCUUCACUAUUAUUCUACAAUGUAGAAAAUGUUAAAAAAUAAAGAAAAACCCUUGAAUGAGUAGGUGAGUCCAAACUUUUGACUGGUACUGUAUAUCAAUGAAGUUGCAACUGUAGAACAUCUAGGAAACCAUCAAAUGAACAUGUGGCUUAAUAUCAUUAUACGUCUAUUAGAAUCAAUUAAAGCUCUCAGUAACAACAAAUACAGACAAUCUUGUCUGUCUAGUAAUAUCUGCCCCUGUUAAUAUCUGCCCCUAUCAAUAUCUCUCUCUGUGUGUGUGUGUGUGUGUGUGUGUGUGUGUGUAUGUCAUCUUUGGCAGCUGCAGCUAUAGAGUUGAGCCGUCCUGGUCUCCGACGCCGCUUCCUCAGGCUCCUGAGGCGUUCCUCAAGGAAACCAGUAGAAGGACGGUGGCGUCAUCCUUGGGUGUACCAAGCAUCCUUCAAAAUAAAAAGUAUGUUAUUUUUUUUAAAGACCCUUUGUGCUCAAAAUGGCUAGGAUUUGGUAAAACCAACCAAAAAGUAUUACACCUUUAAGGGCUCUGUUUCGGUAGAAAUAGCAGAGCUCAUGCAUGAUAGAUAAUGCAGUGAGUUAAAAAAUGUAAAUCUAACUUACAACCUUUACCCUCUGAAUCCUUGAGGCAAGGGAACUGUUCCACUAAUGAAGAUGCCAGUUGUCUUGGUCUCAGAUGUUGGGCCGAACUGUUCCACUAAUGAAGAUGCCAGUUGUUUGGUCUUUGAUGUUUGGCUGAACUGUUCCCCUAAUGAAGAUGCCAGUUGUCUUGGUCUCAAAUGUUGGGCUGAACUGUUCCACUAAUGAAGAUGCCAGUUGCCUUGGUCUCAGAUGUUGGGCUGAACUGUUCCCCUAAUGAAGAUGCCAGUUGUCUUGGUCUUUGAUGUUUGGCUGAACUGUUCCACUAAUGAAGAUGCCAGUUGUCUUGGUCUCAGAUGUUGGGCCAAACUGUUCCACUAAUGAAGAUGCCAGUUGUCCUGGUCUCAGAUGUUGGGCCAAACUGUUCCACUAAUGAAGAUGCCAGUUGCCUUGGUCUCAGAUGUUGGGCUGAACUGUUCCCCUAAUGAAGAUGCCAGUUGUCUUGGUCUUUGAUGUUUGGCUGAACUGUUCCACUAAUGAAGAUGCCAGUUGUCUUGGUCUCAGAUGUUGGGCUGAACUGUUCCCCUAAUGAAGAUGCCAGUUGUCUUGGUCUUUGAUGUUUGGCUGAACUGUUCCACUAAUGAAGAUGCCAGUUGUCUUGGUCUCAGAUGUUGGGCUGAACUGUUCCACUAAUGAAGAUGCCAGUUGUCUUGGUCUCAGAUGUUGGGCUGAUGUCACGAUCGUUGAUGAACGGGUCAGACCAAGGCGCAGCGUGAUAUGCAUACAUGUUUAUGUGAACCGAAUAAACACAACGACAAAACAACAAACUAAACGAAACGUGAAGUCCAAGGUAGACACAAACAACAUACCUCACACGGAACAAGAUCCCACAACCCACUAGUGCCAAUAGGCUGCCUAAGUAUGAUCCCCAAUCAGAGACAACGAGCGACAGCUGCCUCUGAUUGGGAACCACACCGGCCAACAUAGAUCUAGACAUACUAGAACUACAACAUAGAAAUACACAACAUAGAAACUACACACCCUGACUCAACAUAUACGAGUCCCCUGAGUCAGGGCGUGACAGCUGAGCUGUUCCACUAAUGAAGAUGCCAGUUGUUACCACAGCCAUAAAGUCAUAAACCCCGCCUAUUUCUACAAUUAUAUUCUUAAAAUCUUAACCACACUGCUAACAUUAUGCCUAAUACUAACCUUAAUUUUUGUUUUAAUUCGUUUUUACGAUAUAGCCAGGCUGUGGUAACUGUUCUCACAGGCCAAACUUGGUUAUCAGGUCAUCAUGUGAGCUAGCGGGGCAGCUAAGCAAAACAAUUGUGCAUUUUGUGAUAAAAUCACCAAAUCUGACACAGAUUUAGAUUUAUGGACCCUGAAAAGUAUCAGAUAUGGCGUCACCACAGAUUUGUCCCCUGGGGGCCAUGGCAUCUUACACAACGACCACUGUUGGUAAUGUAAUGUUAGUUGCCUUUUUUGAGAUAAACACACCAAAUGUGGCACAGAGGUAGAUUCAUGUAACCCGAAAAGAGGCAUUUGGGGGCGCCAAAAUGCCUUUGACCCCAAUUAGGCUAGAUGAUAUACUUUAUUUUAUGUACAUCUCCUAACAUGGCUGCCAUUGGUUGAUCUAAUACGAAAUUGUAACAUUAUUUUGCACUAUGGCCUAUUUAUUGCCUUACCUCCAUAAUUUACUACAUUCGCACACACUGUAUAUAUCUUUUCUGUUGUAUUUUUUACUUUAUGUUUUGUUUUACCCCCAUAUGUAACUCUGUGUUGUUGUUUUUAAUCGCAAUGCUUUGCUUUAUCUUGGCCAGGUCGCAGUUGUAAAUGAGAACUUGUUCUCAACUGGCUUACCUGGUUAAACAAAGGUUAAAUAUUUUUUUAUUUUUUCAAAUCACACACUUGAAUACAGGUCAGGCUGGUUAGUUCCAGGGCUUUUUAACUAAUCUCUUUUGGAUAUUGUGUAUAUUGUCUGUUGUUAUGUUUGGCUGCACUGACCCAAUAAUUAUUAUUUUGAAUGAUGAUCUUCACCUGAUACUGCCUCAGAUCAACAGUCUAAACAAGUAGCAUUGCAUGAUGGAACAGCUCGUAGGAGCUUAGCUCCUGUAGUGGACUGCUGGAUUCUACAAGUGGACCGGACACUAGUCUGUCGGAGGGCUUUGCCCCCCAAUCGAUCUCCUUAAUGCUCUGCUCCAAGCAGAGACGUAUCAGGUCCCAUUUUUACUUUCUUUGGUAUGACUCGGCUGGAAAUCGAACUACCAACCUUCCAAUCUCAGGGCUCUAACCACAAGGCCACUGAUUUGGUUGUAUACUAAACUGUGUCAUGGCAUUUAAUUUGUUCCAUUUGCAGAACAUCUUCAGCUGGAAUUAGAAAAUCUAGUGUGUCAUACCAUUGUUCAUGAAACAGGUUGAAAGUCAAACACUGUGUGCCAGGCAUAGUUCUGACUGAAACACAGCUUGUCCACAGCAAUUGUGAACUAUUCCAACCUAAUGGCUGCCAUAUUUCCCCAGCUACAGCUGUAGUCUGAAUCUGCUCCUGAUAUGGGCAUUACAGCUGUAGUCUGAAUCUGCUCCUGAUAUGGGCAUUACAGCUGUAGUCUGAAUUUGCUCCUGAUAUGGGCAUUACAGCUGUAGUCUGAAUCUGCUCCUGAUAUGGGCAUUACAGCUGUAGUCUGAAUCUGCUCCUGAUAUGGGCAUUACAGCUGUAGUCUGAAUCUGCUCCUGAUAUGGGCAUUACAGCUGUAGUCUGAAUCUGCUCCUGAUAUGGGCAUUACAGAGUGGCUUCAGUAGCCAUUACUGGUAACGCUCCGGAACCAAACGUGUGAACUAUUGGACCCAAAAAUAUAUUUAGUCUUUGGCCAAGGGUGGUUUUAAGUCACAGGCAGGGCUACUCAAUCAAUCACAUGUAUUUAUAAAGCCCUUUUUACAUCAGCAGAUGUCACAAAGUGCUAUACAGAAACCCAGCCUAAAACCCCAAACAGCAGCAAUGCAGAUGUAGAAGCACGGUGGCUAGGAAAAACUCUCUAGAAAGGCAGAAACCUAGGAAGAAACCUAGAGAGGAACCAGGCUCUGAGGGGUGGCCAGUCCUCUUCUGGCUGUGCCGGGUGGAGAUUAUAACAGUACAUGGCCAUUAAGGCCAGAUUGUUCUCCAAGAUGUUCAAACGUUCAUAGAUGACCAGCAGGGUCAAAUAAUAAUCACAGUGGUUGUAGAGGUUGCAACAGGUCAGUACAUCAGGAGUAAAUGUCACUUGGCUUUUCAUAGCCGGGCAUUUAGAGGUUGAAAUAGCAGGUGCGGUAGAGAGAGAGAGGUGAAAACAGCAGGUCUGGGACAAGGUAGCACGUCCGGUCAGGGUUCCAUAGCCGCAGGCAGAAGAGUUGAAACUGGAGCAGCAGCACGACCAGGUGGACUGGGGACAGCCAGGAGUCAUCAGGCCAGGUAGUCCUGAGGCAUGGUCCUAGAGCUCAGGUCCUCUGGGAGGGGAGGGAGAGAGAGAGAAUUAGAGGGAGCGUACUUAAAUUCACACAGGACACCAGAUAAGACAGGAGAAUAACACCAGAUAUAACAGACUGACCCUAGCCCCCCGGCACAUAGACUAUUGCAGCAUAGAUACUGGAGGCUGAGACGGGGGGGACGGGGGACGGGGGGGGGUCAGGCGACACUGUGGCCCCGUCCCACAAUACCCCCUGGACAGGGCCAACCAGGCAGGAUAUAACCCCACCCACUUUGCCAAAGCACAGCCCCCACACCACCAGAAGGAUAUCAACAGACCACCAACCUACUACCCUGAGACAAGGCUGAGUAUAGCCCACGAAUAUCUCCUCCACUGCACGAGCCCGUGGGGGCGACAAACUGGACAGGAAGAUCAUGUCUGUGACUCAACCCACUCAACCCCUCUUAGGGACGGCAUGGAAAGCACCAGUAAGCCAGUGACUCAGCCCCCGUAAUGGGGUCAGAGGCAGAGAAUCCCAAUGGAGAGACAGGAACCGGCCAGGCAGAGACAGCAAGGGCGGUUUGUCGCUCCAGUGCCUUUCCGUUCACCUUCACACCACUGGGCCAGACUACACUCAAUCAUAGGACCUACUGAAGAGAUGAGUCCUCAGUAAAGACUUAAAGGUCGAGACCGAGUCUGCGUCUCUCACAUGGAUAGGCAGACCAUUCCAUAAAAAUUGAGCUCUAUAGGAGAAAGCUCUGCCUCCAGCUGUUUGCUUAGAAAUUCUAGGGACAAUAAGGAGGCCUGCGUCUUGUGACCGUAGCGUACAUGUUGGCAUGUACGGCAGGACCAAAUCAGAGAGAUAGGUAGGAGCAAGCCCAUGUAAUGCUUUGUAGGUUAACAGUAAAACCUUGAAAUCAGCCCUAGCCUUAACAGGAAGCCAGUGUAGAGAGGCUAGCAGUGGGGUAAUAUGAUCACAUUUUUUGGUUCUAGUCAAGAUUCUAGCAGCCGUGUUUAGCACUAACUGACGUUUAUUUUGUGCUUUAUCCGGGAAGCCGGAGAGUAGAGCAUUGCAGUAGUCUAAUCUAGAAGUGACAAAAGCAUGGAUUAGCUUUUCUGCAUCAUUUUUGGACAACAAGUUUCAGAUUUUUGCAAUGUUAUGAAGAUGUCCUUGAAAAAAGCUGUCCUUGAAAUAUUCUUGAUAUGUUCGUCAAAAGAGAGAUCAGGGUCCAGAGUAACACCGAGGUCCUUAACAGUUUUUUUUUAGACGACUCUACAACCAUCAAGAUUAAUUGUCAGAUCCAACAGCAGAUCUCUUUGUUUCUUGGGACCUAGAACUAGCAUCUCUGUUUUGUCCGAGUUUGAAAGUAAAACAUUUGCCGCCAUCCACUUCCUUAUGUCUGAAACACAGGCUUCCAGGGUAGACCAUUUUGGGGCUUCACCAUGUUUCAUCGAAAUGUAGAGCUGUGUGUCAAAUCAUGGUUCGUCUCUCUUUACUGUAAAUAACCUGAUGCAUGGCCUCUACAGCAGUGCUUGGCUGUCUCAGUUACCAGACCUAUUCUGCCACAUUAAAUCCCAUGGAAAGGAGAGAGCCACCCCUCCUUAAAUCCAUAGUCAUUGACAGUAAGUUUUGUGCAGAAUGUUCUUAUUUUCCUAUUUGAUACUCUGAUCUUCAAUGUGUAUUUAUUCCUACUGGGUAGGAGCUGGGUUUGUACUAGCUAUGCUGAUGAUCAUUGAAGUUUUUUCUCUGCAUCACUGAGACUGGAUUCCCCAGGAGAUGCUAUUCAGCAGCCCAUAACUGCCUGACCUUAGCGUAAGUAGAUCCAAUUGAAAUAGCACCGCUUCUAAUAAUAUACAGUGCAUUCGGAAAGUAUUUAGACCCCUUGACUUUUUCCACAUUUUGUUACGUUACAGCCUUAAUCUAAAAUAUAUUACAUUGUCGUCGUCCCCCACCCCCCCCCCCAUCAAUCUACCCACAAUACCCCAUAAUGACUAAGCAAAAACAGGUUUUUAGACAUUUUUGCAAAUGUACUAUGAAUAAAAAACUUAAAUAUCACAUUUACAUAAGUAUUCGGACCCUUUACUCAGCACUUUGUUGAAGCACCUUUGGCAGCGAUUACAGCCUCGAUUGUUUUUGGGGAGUUUCUCCCAUUCUUCUCUGCAGAUCCUCUCAAGCUCUGUCAGGUUGUAUGGGGAGCGUCGCUGCACAGCUAUUUCCAGGUCUCUCCAGAGAUGUUUGAUCGGGUUCAAGUCCGGGCUCUGGCCGGGCCACUCAAGGACAUUCAGAGACUUGUCCCGAAGCCACUCCUGCGUUGUCUUGGCUGUGUGCUUAGGGUCAUUGUCCUGUUGGAAGGUGAACCUUCGCCCCAGUCUGAGGUCCUGAACGCUCUGGAGCAGGUUUUCAUCAAGGAUCUCUCUGUACUUUGCUCCGUUCAUCUUUCCCUCGAUCCUGACUAGUCUCUGAGUCCCUGCCGCUGAAAAACAUCCCCACAGCAUGAUGCUGCCACCACCAUGCUUCACCGUAGGGAUGGUGCCAGGUUUCCUCCAGACAUGACGCUUGGCAUUCAGGCCAAAGAGUUAAAUCUUGGUUUCAUCAGAACAGGGAAUCUUGUUUCUCAUGGUCUGAGAGUCAUUUAGGUGCCUUUUGGCAAACUUCAAGCGGGCUGUCAUGUGCCUUUUACUGAUGAGUGGCUUCCGUCUGGCCACUCUACCAUAAAGGCCUGAUUGGUGGAGUGCUGCAGAGAUGGUUGUCCUUCUGGAAGGUUCUCCCAUCUCCACAGAACAACUCUGGAGCUCUGUCAGAGCGACCAUCAGGUUCUUGGUCACCUCCCUGACCAAGGCCCUUCUCCCCCGAUUGCUCAUUUUGGCCAGACGGCCAGCUCUAGGAAGAGUCUUGGUGGUUCCAAACUUCUUCCAUUUAUGAAUGAUGGAGGCCACUGUGUUCUUGGGGACCUUCAAUGCUGCAGAAAUCUUUUUGAUACCAUUCCCCAGAUCUGUGCCUCGACACAAUCCUGUCUUUGAGCUCUACGGACAAUUCCUUCGACCUCAUGGCUUGGUUUUUGCUCUGACAUGCACUGUCAACUGUAGGACCUUAUAUAGACAGGUGUGUGCCUUUCCCAAUCAUGUCCAAUCAAUUGAAUUUUACCGCAGGUGGACUCCAAUCAAGUUGUAGAAACAUCUCAAGGAUGAUGAAUGGAAACAGGAAGCACCUGAGCUCAAUUUUGAGUCUCAUAGCAAAGGGUCUGAAUACCUAUGUAUAUAAGGUAUAUCUGUUUUUUUUUUAAAAUAUUUUUGCAAAACUUUUCUACAAACCUGUUUUCGCUUUGUCAUUAUGGGGUACUGUGUGUAGAUUGAUGAGGCAAAAAAAUGAAUUUAAUCCAUUUUAGAAUAAGGCUGUAACGUAACAAAAUGUGGAAAAAGGGAAGGGGUUUGAAUACUUUCUGAAUGCACUGUAAGUUUGUAAAGCAAAUAAAAUCCUAUUUUAACUCUCCUUUUUUUCCCAGGUGAAAACCACUGUGUCCUGAUUCAACAGACACCUCCUUCAUGUGUCCUGAUUAAAACAGACACCUCCUUCAUGUGUCCUGAUUAAAACAGACACCUCCUUCAUGUGUCCUGAUUAAAACAGACACCUCCUUCAUGUGUCCUGAUUAAAACAGACACCUCCUUCAUGUGUCCUGAUUAAAACAGACACCUCCUUCAUGUGUCCUGAUUAAAACAGACACCUCCUUCAUGUGUCCUGAUUAAAACAGACACCUCCUUCAUGUGUCCUGAUUAAAACAGACACCUCCUUCAUGUGAGUCAAGUUUCUCCCCUUUCUCUGUUGCUCACUCAUUCAGUUGCAGAAAAGAGGAAGAGAGUUGCCCAUUUCUAACAAUGUUUGUUGCAGGAAUGAUGACAGAUAAAUUGCUUUUCAAAAAUAUCAUAUCUUUACACGUACUUUAAUUUGUUCCUUUCUUUAAGACUGCCAAGCUGUCCUCAAUUGGGGAAACAUGUGUCAGAGACAAUGUCUUUAGGAUUAUGGAGCCUUUGAUACCACUCGUGUGUGCUCCAUUGUAGUUGGUAAGUAAAUGUGAGCAGUUGAGACAUUUGACAUGGACAAUGAGACAUUUUUAGUAGAUUCUGACUGUUAAAGAUAUUUUACCAUGUGUUAAAUGCCCACAUUAUGCCAGUCGUUCAUUUAUUUUCUUCUCUUUUUAUGUUUACAGUAAGUGUCAUGUAAAGGGUUAGGGCCAGAAAGGGUUAGGGCCAGAAAGGGUUAGGGCCAGAAAGGAGCCAGAAAGGGUUAGGGCCAGAAAGGGUUAGGGCCAGAAAGGGUUAGGGCCAGAAAGGGUUAGGGCCAGAAAGGGUUAGGGCCAGAAAGGGUUAGGGCCAGAAAGGGUUAGGGCCAGAAAUGGUUAGGGCCAGAAAGGGUUAGGGCCAGAAAGGGUUAGGGCCAGAAAGGGUUAGGGCCAGAAAGGAGGUUGAUGUGUUGCUGGCCCUCUGGAAAGUCCUAAAAUAUGCCCCUGACCGCCGUGGUGGAGGACGCAAAGUAUAUGAGCAAGCUGCUCUUUUUUGAAGACAUCUCUAAGCUAUAACUGCACUAACGUCUUCAAUUAGUACCAUGGAAAUACAUUUAGCCCAAUGUCCACAAAGUUUCUACAGGAAUGUUUCUUUUAAAGUUAAAGUAAUGAUCGGGUUCAAGUCCAAGCUCUGGCUGGGCUUUCUUUAAAGUUGAUAAUUGUAAUGUGCUGAUUCUCUUCACUGCAAAUCUGACCCAUCACACCACUCUUCAAGAGGACCACUACGCUCCAGAUCUGACCCAUCACACCACUCUUCAAGAGGACCACAACGCUCCAGAUCUGACCCAUCACACCACUCUUCAAGAGGACCACUACGCUCCAGAUCUGACCCAUCACACCACUCUUCAAGAGGACCACUACGCUCCAGAUCUGACCCAUCACACCACUCUUCAAGAGGACCACUACGCUCCAGAUCUGACCCAUCACACCACUCUUCAAGAGGACCACUACGCUCCAGAUCUGACCCAUCACACCACUCUUCAAGAGGACCACUACGCUCCAGAUCUGACCCAUCACACCACUCUUCAAGAGGACCACUACGCUCCAGAGGACCACUACGCUCCAGAGGACCUUCUGUGCUCAGAGAUCCUUAAUGAGGAUCUACCCCAUCAUCACUCUUAA